AACCAAAAAUUGUGCUUGGGUUUCGUCUUCCUCAGGUGUUUGCUGCCUGACAAUUAGAGCCAAGACCAUUGUGAUCUUGCUCUAUCCUGAUCAUCAUGGCAGCCAUUGAGGAAUCUGAUGAUGAUAUUUUUGAUGGAGAUGAGAGUGGAACCCUCAUUUUCAGCAAAGAAGUUGAGAAAGCCAUUGCUGAGGUGUUUCCCAGCAGUGAUCCUCUUGAUAGCAAUGAUUUCAAUGCGGUGGAAUAUAUAAAUGCUCUAUUUCCAACCGAGCAGUCCGUCGCCAAUAUCGAUGAUGUUAUGAAACGGAUGCGAUUAAAAAUUCGGAGACUGGAUGAUGACAUUCGAGGCGUUGUCCGCGGCCAGACCAAUGUCGGCCAUGAUGGACGUCAGUCAUUGGAGGAGGCGCAAAAGGCAAUCCAGGAGUUGUUUAUUCGAAUUCAUGACAUCAAGGAGAAGGCUGAAUUGUCCGAAACUCGGGUGAAAGAGAUCACGCGUGACAUCAAGCAGCUUGAUCAUGCCAAGCGCAACCUGACGUCGUCGAUCACCACUCUAAACCACCUGCACUUCCUUGUCGGCGGUGUGCACGAUCUAAGUAAUCUCAUCAGGCGGAGACAGUACAGCGAGGUGGCCAAUCUGAUGCAAGGCGUCGUCAACGUGCUGGAACACUUUGACAAGUAUCGCAGCAUAUCGCAGAUCCGAGAUCUGGCCAACGAUGUUGCCAGAAUGCGAGAUGAGCUGGGCACGCAGAUCAUGGGAGACUUCAAGGAGGCAAUGGAGGCCUACAUUAAAGGCGGCAAGCUGGCUCCUCACCUUGGUGAUGCAUGUAAUGUAGUGCAAGUAUUGGAACCCAAGCUAAAGAAAGAACUUCAGAAAUGGUUUGUAUCACUUCACCUAAGUGACUACAAGCGGCAGUUCAACGAAAGGGAAGAGAUCGCAUGGCUGGACAAAAUAGACCGACGGUACGCGUGGCUGAAGAGGACGCUGAUCAACUUUGAGGAGGACUUCUCCAGAGUGUUCCCCGAGGACUGGGGAAUGCAGGAGCGCGUGGCCAUUGAAUUCUGCGAAUGGACAAGGGGUGAACUGAGUAAAUUAAUGGCGGCGAAAAGUAGCAAUCUCGAAGUGAAGCUUCUUCUCUUCGCCAUCCAAAAGACGACGGGAUUUGAGAAGCUGAUGGCUACUCGUUUCGCUGUCAGCAUUGUACAGCAGGAGCAAGAAGAAGCCGAGGAGGAAGAGCGGCUGCGCAGAGAGGAAGCGCUGCGGAAAGGUCCGUCGUCGUCGCCUUCGACUACUGCUGCUGCCACUACUGCUACGGACGGCAGCGGCCCGCCUGGCCCCGUGACCGUCGGAGCUACAUCUGCACAGUCAGCUGGGCAGGGCAGCGAUCCUAUUCGCGAGCGCUACGAGCGGUAUCUGCGCCAGCAGGAGGAGGAGCAGCAGAGGAACGCCACAGAUGAUGCCGAGGCACAGGAAGAGCCUGCGCAGCCCAAGAAGAAGCCGUCGAUAUUCCUCGGCUUGGUGUCGCGUUGCUUCGAGCCUCACCUCAACGUUUAUAUUGAGUCACAGGACAGAAACCUGGCCGAGCUCAUGGACCGGCUGGCCGACGACUACCGGACAUCAGGCUGUCCCACGGUCAGUAUCGACGAGACCGGUGCACCGUCGGGCUCCACCAGUACCGUACUGCCGAGCUGUUCCGACCUGUUCAUUUUCUACAAGAAGUGCCUGGUUCAGUGUGCCCAGCUGAGCACCGGUGAAGCUCUUGUUCAUCUCUCCGAGGUCUUCAAGCGGUACCUGAAGGAGUACGGAAAUCGACUCCUCCUCUCCAACAUGCCAAAAACAUCUACGGGAGGCGGGGGUCUGACAUCGUUACUGAAGGACUCCGAGGGUGUCAAGCUGUCCAUGGAAGAGGUGGCACAGACCUGUUGCUUCCUAAGCACGGCCGAGUAUUGUCUAGACACAACCCAAUCGCUUGAAGAGAAGCUAAAGGAGAAAAUCGAAGUUCCACUCCAGCCCAAGAUCAACCUUGGUGAAGAGCAGGACUUGUUUCACAACAUUAUCGCUACUUGCAUUCAACUGCUCGUACAGUGUGUGGAAUCUGCCUGUGAGCCGGCUCUUCUGGCCAUGGUCAAGGUGCACUGGCAAAACAUCGAAGCUGUCGGUGACCAGAGUGCGUACAUCACGGCAAUACAGGGCCACAUCAAGCAGAUCAUCCCGAUCAUUCGUGAGAACCUCGCCUCCAGCAGAAAGUACUUCAACAACUUCUGUCUGAAGCUUGCCAACUCUCUAAUCCCGCGAUUCAUCAAUACAAUUUACAAGUGCAAGCCGGUUGGUACGGUCGGUGCCGAGCAGCUGUUACUGGACACGCAUUCGUUCAAGACAACUCUCCUGAAUCUUCCGACAGUGAAUGCUGCGGUUGCACGAAAAGCACCACCGAGCUACAUCAAGAUUGUCACGAAGGGAAUGGCAAAGGCUGAGUUGAUUUUGAAGGUUGUGAUGUCACCACACGAUCUUGUGGAGGAAUUUGUUAAGAGCUAUGUGAAGCUGCUGGACGACCCCGACGUGGCCAACUUCCAGAAAGUACUCGAGAUGAAGGGUCUAAAGCGUGGUGAGGUGCACACACUUCUCGAUGUUUUCAAGCAGCAGAGGCUAACAUCAGACGGCGCAACUGCAGCUCCCGGUCAGGAGGAGUCCGGCAGUCGGAUACGCAAACUUGAGCGACUCAUCAAGAAGAAUUUCUAGGACGUUUUGUUUGCCCGCUUGAUGCUCUCGCCGCCUUUGCGCUGUGGGAUGUUAGCCACGUCCUGCUGCCCUCACACAUGCACACUGCAGCGUGGUUGGAUAAUCACAGAUAUUUCACUUGAUGUCUGGGCCGUCGUCGAUGUCAUACUUGAGAUUGCUGGUGUCCAAUCGACUGAGGUAUGGACGGCUCUUUUCUAGAUUGUACAAUAGAAUUUCCGAUUCUUCUACCGUUUCCUGCUCCGAUCCUGCACCCCCCACCUGUGCACCCGUACGCCACGUCUGCUUCGGGCUGUAAAAAAAAGUUAUUUUCAUUACACACACUUGUGCGUACCCUUCUGGUUCUGUUUUUCCUCGUUGGUCACGGCUUUCAAGCGGCAUUCCUCGCAUCCUGGUGACUAGGAAGCAUGAACAAAGUAGCCUGCUUCCCGACAUGACUGACAUGUAAACAACCUGUACAUAGUUAUUGUAUGCGUAUGUUACUUUCCGUUUUCGUAUUGUGCCGAUUUGCCCGCCUGUCAAUUUAGCUGCUUAUCUGUAUAAUUAUGUACAUGUAGUUUCGUUUUUUACCAGUAUAUUUUGCUUAUGUGGUGAUUUUGUUGCUAGGAAAUUAUUGACUUUGCAAACUUUAUAGUGUCAACACGCCUUGUGGUGACUUUAUGAAUGCUUAUUUUUAGUGAGACUACGGUGAUUGAACUGCUGAAGCUGUGCUUGGCUGUGUCGUUCGCCCGUGAUGGUGACAUACCAAGUGCUGCGGCAAUGGAUAGUACCCGGGCUA